AUGACCAACUUGCCGGUUGACGAGCCUGAGCUCGUUGAGAUUCUAAAAGGCCUAUCAUGUGAAGAACAAGCCAUUAUUCGACCUGUACUGGAGAGAGACUUAGAAUUUCAACGUCGAGAAAAAGAACGAUUACAAAAGUUACGAACAAACUUGGAUUUGGAGAAGUCGACGAUAUCGAAUUGUCAUGGAAGUGCUUAUAGCAUUACAACAAGUGAAUCACAAGAAAGUAUGGCUUCCAGCAAUAUUUCAUCUUCUGCAAGUCCAUCAUCUCCAUCUAGAGCUUGCUGUCGAUGCUCUGCGAAGCUUGGCUUCAUUCUUAAUGCUGGAUCGAAAUGCAAAAAAUGUCAGCAGCUUGUUUGCGACAGUUGUCGUGUUGUUCCUUUAGAAUCGAAAAAAGCCGUUUAUUGUUCUUUAUGUUUCAAAGAAAGAGAACUACAAGCCGCCUCGCGCGAAUGGCUUCAAAAUACAGGUGAUGAUGUCUCGCAACAUUUGCUUUUUCAAAUGAAAAGGGCCAAUCGAGAACGAAGUAAUUCAGCUAAACCUGGGCCAGCUCCUUUGAGAAAUUCUCAUCAUGCACCACCAAUAUCUCGACGGAAUAUGACGUUGCCGAGUUUGGAAACAAUGACUACUCUCGCAGUUCCAUCUGAAGAUGAAGCUAUUGGACGUCAGCUACGCGGAGACAUCACAAAACGUUUUUGGGGUGGAAGUCCAUCUCCUCGUAGUCCAUCACCUCGUCCUGGAUCUACUGGCUUAUCAACAAUUGCUUCAUCACCUCCACAUUCAGCUAAUUCCUUACUGGCGGAACUGCAUCCAAGAGAAAUUAUUGGAAGCCCUUCACCUCGUUCAUCAUCAGCAAAUGCUUUCGGUCGCAACCCAUUCAAUUCUCCAUCAAUAUCGCCUUUACCAACAGCUGAGAUUGCUCCACCAACACCAACAAACAUCACACACUCACCCAUAGCCGAACAUAGACGUCACGUUUUCACAACUAAAAGGUAUCCUGGGCAACGACGUCAGAGUGAGCUUCCUGUUCCUACGUUCAGCUUGUCAAUGUGUUAA